GCAGUAGCGACGGGACAGGGAGGGAGGAGGAGGAGAAAAAAUGGCGGACGAGAAAGGAGGCGAUGUGAAGCUGAAACGACCGCGGCUUGACGGAGGACCUGAAGAAGAGGCAGAAAAACCUGUGAAAACUAAGACUGUUUCUUCCAGUAAUGGAGGGGAAAGCUCGAGUGGUAGUUUGGAGAAACAUGCAGUUGAUGAAGAUGCUGAAGACUUCUCAACAAAGCCUGCUCCUGCCAAAAUGUCCAAGUUUGGGUUUGCCAUUGGCUCACAGCUUUCCAAGAAACCACCUGCAAUAUCCAUCAAACUUGGAGCAACUAAACCUAAAGAACCUGCUCCAACUUUAGCUCCAAAAACACUCUCUGUAGCAGCAGUUUUCAAUGAAGAUGAAGAUAGUGAACCUGAAGAGAUGCCUCCAGAAGCUAAAAUGCGUAUGAAGAACAUUGGAAGAGAUACUCCAACUUCAGCAGGACCAAAUUCUUUCAACAAAGGAAAGCACGGGUUUUCUGACAACCAGAAAUUAUGGGAACGUAAUAUGAAAUCUCACCUUGGAAAUGUUCGUGAACAGGAUGACUAGUUGUCUAUUUUGAUCUGGGUGUUGGGAAAUGGGAGAGUACAAUAUUAAAGGAAUAGUGCCCUUUUUUAGAAUGGUAUACAGCUAUUUUGGGUACCACUUUUAAAAGUUUGUAGUGGUACAACAACAAAAAAAAUGAGUUUAAAAGUAGAGGUAACUUAUGUUUUGUAUACAAAUUUCAAAGCAAUUGCUAAUUUUGUAGCUUCAUGCAUUUAAUUUCACAAGGUUAUGAAAAAUAAAAGCAUUGGAAGUGGUACAUUUUAAAGGAAUUUUCUUUUUACGAUGAUUCUUAUAUGAAGAUAGAAAAGUCACUCUGUCUUUAAUCAGUUUUAAGUUAAAUGCUGCUGUAUUCAAAAAUCCAGAUCCUGUUCUGCGAUAGGUUUUCGUUGUUUAUUCAUUUAGGCUACUUUUAUAGAGGUUCAGUACAUCAAGUCUUGCUAGACUGUUUUAAUCCACAUAAUUCUGUAAAAUAAACUAUUGAAAAAUAAUUUUACUACAUUUCAAUCUAAGAUUUUUGACUGUGGUAGACUAGUAGUACAAUCCUGUUCUCGAACAUUGUAUAAUCCCUCUGUAGCCUGUUUCCCUCUUAAGAAAUGGGUCUUGCAUGUAUAUACAUAUUAGGAAAGUAUAACAAACAUUCAUAACAAAGGUAAAUCAGUAUUUUUUUUGACAUUUCAACUCUUGAGCCUUGACCAGUGCUUGUCAAUGUAUGUCAGUUUGAGGUAGAUUCAUUAAUAGGUAAAAGGAAUUUUCAGAAGGAGAUUAUGCUUUAUCAUGUUUUAAAUGCCAGGGUCUUUUUUUUAUAUAUAAUUUCCUGUAGGAAUAGGAAUUACACAUAUUUAAAUUAGCAAUUGCUUACUAACAUGCAGAAAUUUGCAAUUUACUUCCAUAUUUUGAUGGUACAUUGUGCUAGAACUUUGGUACCAAAAGUGAACUCAUCCUUACUCUGAUGACAAGGAAUCAUGGUUUGUUUUUUGUUGUUGUUUGCUUUUGGGGUUUAUUUUGCAUUCAUAUUUAAGCAGAUGCAAUUCCCACUCCCCCCCAUUUUUAGUUUUUCUAGUUCAGACUUCAUUUCUUCAGGGAAAUAUCCUUUCCUUCAUUUUUUUUAGAACUUUAUAAUUUCUUAAAUAAAAGAAGAGAACACCAUAUUUCUGAUUGGCGUAGCUUUCAAGAUUUGCUUAGCAUAGCUUGACCUGCUUGGCAUAGCGUCCAAAGCUCACCUGCUAUGUCCCUUUGCAGAAUAUAUAUGUAGGUUAGCAUCUGGAGCCAAAAGCUCCAGUUGGAUUGGAGGUCUUCGCUCAGUAUAAAGCUUCAACAGGGUCACUGUUUCAUUAAAACCAUGGCCUGGGAAAAUUGCACCACAUGCUUGGAUAUUUCCAACUUCCUGUUUGUUUGUAUCUUUGUUUAAUCUUAGGAAAUUAAAAACAUCCUUCUAAGAUAUCACCAGCUGAAUGCAAAGAUGUAGCUGUUAAAUAGACACAGAAAAUUACAAGCAUUGUUCUGGAAAACUACCAGUAAUGGCAAAAUAUAAUGGAUGCGGCUUUCAAAAUGACAGAAAGAACUAUGAAUAAAGGAAGUUUCUUUCU